AGUCUCCUUGUUUCUCGUGAUUGUAUUUGUAUUGCAGUGCAAUGGCGGCAAGAUACGACAGAGCUAUUACUGUCUUCUCUCCAGACGGGCAUCUCUUCCAAGUGGAGUAUGCACAGGAAGCUGUAAAGAAAGGUUCCACAGCUGUGGGAAUCAGAGGUAAAGACAUUGUUGUCCUUGGUGUUGAGAAGAAAUCUGUGGCAAAGCUGCAGGAAGAAAGGACUGUCCGUAAGAUAUGUGCCCUGGACGAGCAUGUCUGCAUGGCUUUUGCAGGUCUGACAGCAGAUGCCCGUAUCGUGAUAAACAGAGCUCGCGUUGAGUGCCAGAGCCACAGGCUAACUGUGGAGGACCCAGUCACAGUGGAAUACAUCACACGCUACAUCGCUACACUGAAGCAGCGCUACACUCAAAGCAAUGGGCGCAGGCCAUUUGGCAUCUCUGCGUUAAUUGUUGGCUUUGACGACGAUGGAACUCCCAGGCUGUACCAGACAGAUCCUUCAGGAACCUACCACGCCUGGAAGGCAAAUGCCAUCGGCCGUAGUGCAAAGACUGUAAGGGAGUUCCUGGAGAAGAAUUACACAGACGAAGCCAUUGCUGGGGACAAUGAAACAAUCAAGCUGGCUAUCAAAGCUUUGCUCGAGGUUGUCCAGUCAGGAGGGAAAAAUAUUGAACUUGCUGUUAUCAGACGAAACCAGCCACUGAAGAUCUUGGAAUCCAAGGAAAUUGAGAACCUGGUGGCUGAGAUUGAGAAGGAAAAAGAGGAAGAGGCAGAGAAGAAGAAGCAGAAAAAAUCCACCUGAAGCAAUUAACCGAGACCUGUUCUUUAUUGCACUUGAAUGACAAUAGAAUAUUUGGGUUGCAGAUAUUAGUAAGCUUUAGAGGGUUUACGUCUCUCACUAAUUUCAUUGUGCAGAGCUAAAUCCUAAUUUGAGAUCUGUUCAUGUUAUUCCAAAGUGUUGUGCCAUCUGCAAAGAACAUCAAGUACCCAUCCUUUCAGUUAUUGACUUGACUGAUGUUUCAAAAGUAAAUGCAUAGAUCUCAAGUUAGAGUUUAGCUCUUAAACUACGCUUACAGGAUGUUUUUAUAUCAUACACCAAACAGCCCGAUGGGAUAAAUCUCAAAUGUUGAAAUAAACCAGUUUGUAACAUUCAGAAACAUGAAAACUAAAUGCUCAAUAAAAGCUGACUUGUUUGUAAA